AUCUGCCAGCUCAUACUUAUCUGCCAGCACAAACAGAGCACAGUCUUUGGAGGCAAAUUAUUCAGCUGAGAAUCUCUGAAGAGACAGUGAAAACCCCCAUUUCCUGUCUUUGGUGAAGAUACAAAUUUGCCACUUUGCUCCAAUUCUGUUUAUGGUAGAGCAAGACGACAAUGUUCUUUGGAUGGAGAGUGAUUACUCUUGGCUUUCUUCUUCUCUAUGGUGUGCCUAACUCUUCAACUGAUACCCUUGGGCAGUUGCCUAAUUCGUUAAUUCAACCUGGAUCUCCUUUCCCUGUAAAGACAAAUGACCCUGAAGUUCAAAGAGCUGCUAGGCUUGGGGUUUAUAGAUACAAUAACAGUUCAAACGAUAUCUCUUUGUUUAAAGAAUCUCACAUAAAUAAAGCCACAAGGCAAAUUGUGAAAGGAGUGAAAUACAGACUGGAUGUUGAUAUCCGCCGGACUGUAUGCAGCAAAAGAAUACCGCAUCCCAACUUGGACAGAUGUGAUUUCCAGAAGAACAGGAGGCUGAGAAAAAUGUUCACAUGCAAUUUUGAGGUCUGGCUUAUACCUUGGCAGCAGAAAGUCCGCAUCCCAGUCAUGUUCUGCCACUAAUUGGUCUCUAAUAAACUUUAUAGAUAUUGCAUGUUUAUUUUUUGUCAACUGAUACACCGUAAAUUGUCCAUAAAGACACUAGAUUGCCAACA